AAUCGCAGGGUCUGCACUUGUUGCAGAAGAGCACAUGCAUUCCAUACGGCAGGUGUGGAAAGACAUGGCACUUCCUGUGGCGUGCCUGAGGGAACAGCCGACUCCAUUAGUUUGAUUCUGAGGAGGAGUCUCUGAAUCUGUCAGCAAGCAAAUAAUUCCAGAGAUUAUCGAUCAUCUUGGGAACCGAAUUGAAAUAAAAAUAGAAAAAGCAGAGAGCUUUUUGUGUGUUGAGUAAAGCUAUAAGUUAGAAAUCGGUGCCAAGAUUCUCGGCACUGUGGGACAUGUUGCAGCUCUUUUGAUUCUGACCGAAUGGUCUUUCUUCCAUGUCUUUUGUGGGUUUGGUGAUCCUGGGCCAGUCUGCAACGUUCUAGGAGCGCUGAUUGGAGACCAUGGGAUCUGGUACUUCUGCAAAUGCUAACUACAAAUACUCCCUGCAAAAGUCUGAAAAUGCUUUCAAGGCAGCCGUCUUGAUCCAACAGUGGUAUCGGCGUCACGUUGCUCGGCUGGAAAUGCGUCGACGUUGCACUUGGAGAAUCUUUCAAUCCAUUGAGUACUCUUGUGAGCAGGAUCAGAUCAAGCUUCACAACUUCUUCAGUUACCUCAUGGACCACUUCACGCCAAGCAGCAGCAAAGAGAGACCCAUCUGCCAUCCAGGGGAUUUUAUCAGUCGCAUGUUCAUAAGCGGAGAAAGCUUCAAAGAGGCAGAGCUGGAGAAAUACUGUGACUAUGAAUCCAUGGAGGUGCCAGACUCCUACACUGGACCCCGACUCUCUUUCCCACUCCUUCCUGACCAUGCAACUGACUUGCUGGAAGCUUUCAAACAAAAACAACAGCUCCACCCUCGCUAUGUCUUAAACCUCCUGCAUGAGACCAGGAAGCACCUCAAGCAGUUGCCAAACAUCAGCCAUGUCUCCACCUGCUACAGCGAGGAGGUCACCGUGUGCGGAGACUUGCACGGCCAGCUGGAUGACUUGUUCUUCAUCUUUUAUAAGAAUGGCCUGCCUUCCCCUUCCAAGUCCUACGUGUUCAAUGGGGACUUUGUGGACAGAGGCAAACAGUCCCUUGAGAUCCUCAUCAUCCUCUUUACCUUCCUCCUAAUCUAUCCAAAGGAGGUUCAUCUUAACCGUGGGAACCAUGAAGACUAUAUGGUCAAUUUACGCUACGGUUUUGCCAAGGAAGUAAUGCAGAAAUAUAAGGUGCAUGGGAAGAAAAUCCUGAAGAUGAUUCAGAAUGUCUUCUGCUGGCUGCCUCUGGCCACCCUGAUUGAUCAGAAAGUUCUCAUUAUACACGGGGGCAUCUCUGACACCACUGACCUGGACAUGCUUGAGAAAAUUCAAAGGAACAAAUUUAUUUCAGUAUUAAGAGGGAAGAAAAGAAAGGAAUCGAACAGAAAUGUGGAAAUACAGGAAGUAAACGGGGGGAACAAAGCAGAGGCUGACCCAGCAGGGAACGAGGCAGCCCCCAGUUUACCUCUGCAGCCCCAACCAGCUGAGGCUCCCAGCAUGGCCAACAGGCUGGAGUUCUCCAGGUGGGUACGGCAGACAGUGCAGGAGCAAAUCGAAUGGUGCCGCCGGCUAGUGGACAUCAGUGAGUCGGAGGAGGAGGAGCCCACCUAUUCUAGCGUGGUCUCCUUGACAGAUUUGGAUGCGCCAUGCUGGACUCGCCAGGAGGAAUGGAAGCAGAUUUUAGAUAUUCUCUGGAGUGACCCCAUGCCUCAGGAGGGCUGCAGAGUAAACACAGUGCGAGGCGGUGGCUGCUACUUUGGUCCUGAUGUGACAGAGAAGAUCCUUGAGAAGUACAACUUCCAGUUCCUCAUCCGCUCCCACGAGUGCAAGCAAGAGGGCUAUGAGUUCUGUCACAACCGGAAGGUGCUGACCAUAUUUUCAGCCUCCAACUACUAUGAGAUCGGCAGCAACAGGGGAGCCUACGUGAAGCUGGGACCAGACCUCGUUCCCCAUUUUGUUCAGUACCAAUCGAACAAGGCCGCCCAUACUCUCACUAUGACCCAAAGGAUCAGCAGAGUAGAAGAGUCAGCCUUUCGAGCCUUGCGGGAAAAGCUCUUUGCUCACACCUCAGCCCUCAUCGGUGCUUUCAAGGCCUAUGAUAAGGACAAUACAGGGAGGAUCACGCUGAGCAACUGGGCGACAGCAGUGGAGUCAGUUGUGCAUCUGGGACUGCCCUGGCGAAUGCUGAGACCGCAGCUGGUGCGCAGCACACCUGAUGGCAUGCUGGAAUAUAAGUCCUGGCUUGACGACUUGGCUAUGGAGCAGCGGAGCCAAGAGCACAUCCAGUCAAGCUUGCUGGAAGUCAUUUAUCGAAACAGAUCCAACUUGGAGACCAUAUUCAGGAUCAUAGACAGAGAUCAUUCAGGUCUCAUCUCGUUUGAGGAAUUCCACCAAACCUGGAAGUUGUUCAGCUCCCACAUGAACAUUGAACUCACAGAUGAUGGGAUCAAUGACUUAGUUCGCAGUAUCGAUUUCAACAAGGACGGAAACAUCGACUUCAAUGAGUUCCUAGAAGCCUUCCGCCUUGUCAAACAGUCACAGUAGUAAGAACCUGGUGAGGGUUGCUGCUUCCAAUGCCUUGAUUGCCCGUGAAGCCAGAGGGAGUGCUUCAUACUGAACCGCAGCGCUUGCCUGCAUAUCCAAAACAGGGAAGGGAAGGCAGGUACCUGGAGCAGUUAUUGGUUGAAAACAGUGACUGCUGCAGCCAACAGCUGUGAUCCAUUCGGGAAGGUAACCAGUGAAAUAGAAAAGCUGCACUUCAGCUCUGCAUGUUUUUAAAAAGGAGCUGUGUUUUCAGUAGAAAUUCCUGCUCAAAGGGAAGAUGCAACUUAGUUUGUCUUGUCAGUACAUGUGAUGAAAUGUUAUGGGUCUAUUCAGGUGUAGUAAAACAAAAGUAAAGGUAUUUUUUGUAGGCUGUAUUUUAACCAAGCUACAACUGCUAGAGCACAGCUUUCCUUUGAAUAAACAGUUUUUUCAGGAUUGCAGGUGCUGGGCUGUUUGUGCCUUCUCUAGGUUGUUAACUGUUGUUUCUUUGCUGCAAAUUUAAAGAUACUAAAUAUGUGCAGUGAAGCAACACUUUGAAAAAAACCUCUCUCAUACCUGUAAAAUAAUGUCUCUAGCAGGGAGGCUUUUUUAGCAAAGCUAUUGAGGCCAGUUCUUUUUCAAAGGCUGGGGUAGUAGAUGAAGUAACUCCCUGCUAGAAUGACUAUGCUGCAUGUUCAAGAUAUUGUCAAAGCAUGGUUUAAUUGCAGCUUAAAAAGAUGAGGAUGGAAAAGUGUUUGCAAAUAAAACCCUCACCUAUUUAUCUUGAACAUCCAGUGGAGUCACUCUAGCAUGGGUGCUGUGGCAGAAGA